AUGGAUCCGAACGACGCCCUCGCGGCCCUCCGUGCACCGGACGCACAAUCACUUUCGAUCAUCAGCCUCACUGCCUCCAAGUCCUCCCCUUCGACACUCCCUCCCGCCGCAUUGGCAGCAGACCUCACGCACUACCGCGACUUAUUCUCGAAACUACGCUUCUCAUACCUGGAGCAAGUCACGAAGGAACGAUUCUUGCGUACACUCACCGCGGAUCCGCCCGAGUUUGCCGAUGCUCAGGAAAAUGCCGAGCUCGAAGAGCGGUUGGUGGGAUUGAAAGCACGGUUGAAGGACAAGAAGGGCGAGGUUCGGGACAUGAUCGGAGAGUUGGAAGAGCAGGGACGAGUCCUGGCCGGACGGUACGAGCAACUACAACUGCAGACAGCACAACUGGAGACUCUCCCAGCCACGAUCGCAGGAUUACAAGAUACCAUCUCCCGGCUUGAGGCCAGCGCGGAACCGCGAUCCUCAAAUCCAGAGCAGAACCUCUCUCUGCCCGAAACGAAUGCUCUCGUGCAACAGCGUGAGCAGGAACUUACCAGCCUGGACGUGGAGAUUGAGAGACUACAAGCUGCACUGCCGGCGAAAAAGGCAGAGGUGCAGAGACUGAGGGACGAGCUGGCGCCGGUGCAGCUUAGGAAGAUCAAGGCUGUGGAAGAGGCGGAGGAGGCGAAGCGGAGAAGAGCAGAUGGUGGGCGAGCAGAUGAGCUGGAAGAUCAGGGCAGAUGGCUAAGAGGUGUGGAAGGAGCACUGAAGGGAAUGCUUGAGGUUUGA